AUGAGGACAUUCUUCCUCGUAAAUUGGCCAGCCGACGGGCGUGACGCACGUCACGUUCGACCGCUUAAAGCACCGUCCAUCUACUUGCCGUCCACCGACCCUUUCCUCUCCGCCGUUCCCCCCUCAGACGAUUACGUCGACGGCCUUCCCCUGGAGACCGUAAAGCCAACCGACGUGAAGCACGUGCUGCUACCCCCUUACGAUGACGACGACGGCCACCCUCUGGAGAUCGGCGAGCCAACGGACGUGAAGCACGUGGCGCACGUCACGUUCGACCGCUUUAAGGGCUUCCUGGGCCUCCCGGAAGACAUCGAGGGCGAGCUGCCGUGCCGUGCGCCCAGUGCGGGGCGGUCCGUGUUCGGCGUGCAGCCGGAGCUGCUGCAGUGCUCGCAGGACGAGUUCGGCAACAGCGUGCCCAACAUCCUGCUGCAGCUGCAGGCGCUGCUCUACGUCAAAAAGGGCCUCCAGACGGAGGGCAUAUUCCGCGUGGCGGCGGAGAACGACCACGAGGACCAGAUUAGGGAUCAGGUCAACAUGGGGCUCGUGCCGCAGAGCAUCAACGUGCACGCGCUCGCUGGAUUGAUAAAGGCGUGGUUCCGCGAGCUACCACAAGGGCUGCUGGACUCGUUGCCAGUGGAGGUGGUGGCGGCGUGCGAGACGGAGGAGCAGAUGCUGGCGCUCGUGGCGGAGCUGCCAGAGACGCAGAGCAUGCUGCUGGACUGGGUGGUGGGGCUCAUGGCGGACGUGGUGCAGUUCGAGGAGCGCAACAAGAUGAACGCGAGGAACAUCGCCAUGGUGUUCGCUCCUAACAUGACGCAGGUACUUGAUCCUAUUAUGGGAUUGAGACACGCAGUGAAGGUGAUGGAUUUACUGCGAGUGCUCAUUGAGAGGAAGCAGCAGGAGCCUCUGAGGGAGGGCGGCAGUGCGGCGCUUAAAUCCUUUGUGUACUGCACGCAGCCGCCCACCAUUGAGAUAUUCGAGGAGCCGCGGCAGAGAAGUAAGGAGAGACAAGGGGGCGGCGGGGAAGGGGGGGAAGCGGGGGAGGGGGCGGGGGAGGCGGAGGAGGGUGAGGGGGAAUGCGCGGAUAAGGAUGAGCUGCUGGCGCGGAUGGGGGGGGAGGGGGAGGAGGCGGAGUUGGAUGCACGGGGAGGGGAGGAGGGGGACGUGGUGAUGGGGGAAGACGGGAAGGGAGGGGCGCAGGGGGGAGAAGAAAGAGGGUCUGCAGCGGGGCAGGUCAAUGGGAGCGAGGGGAGAGAAGGGGAAGGGGUAGGAGAGGCAGAGGACACGAGCACAGCUGGGGCAGGGGAAGCGGGCCUCCCGAGCAGCAUCAGCAGCGGCAGCCCGUUUGAUGCUUCCAGUAGUUCCCAACCGGGCUGGUCGCCACAGGACAGUCAACUAAGUCAAGCAAGUCAACUGAGUCACGUCUCACAGGACGACAGCAACAGCAUCUCCCUUCCGCACCUGCCUAGAAUCGCCAGUGACAGCCCUGUGCAUCCCAGCAGCGGGAUCGCCGGGACAGUAGACCCCAAGGAGCUCAGUCGAAGAGUAGCCAGCGGCCCUCUGCAGGUGUCAGCAGCAGCAGCAGAGCGGUGGAGGAAGAGGAGAGAGCCCAAACCCGCACCCCACCACACGAGAAUGGCUUCUCACGAUGGCCCUGUAGGCAGAGACGUGCCUCCCUCGCCUGGGUUCUUCCGCAGUGGCAAAAACGCGCCUCAGUCCGACCCCACGGCUAAGGAGCGCCGGGCUUCCCGGAUUGGAGUCCCCACGAAGAUGUUUUUCCGGCGGAAUCUGUCGGAAGGCGGGCCGGCGUUUGGGCGGGACUGGGAGGCGGAGCGGCGGAAGAUUGCAGCAGAGGACGCAGGAGCAGCAGGGGGUGGUGCUGGAGGGAGAGGGGGUCUGGACGGGGGGGAUGUGGCGGAAGGGAGGGAGGGCGAGGGGGAGGAUGAGCCUGGGGCAGGGGAGAUGGAGUUAAGAGGCGCAGAGGAGGGCGUGGGGUCAGGGCCAAGCGUGGAAGGCCAGCAGAGGACUGGUUCGUCUGGUGCCCGGGGCGCUAAGAAGCUGCUGCACAAGUUUGGGACAGGGCUCAAGGUAGUAACACCUAGCGGGGGGGGCUCUGGCGGCGGUUCUAGUGGGGAAUCCUCGUCGCCCCGCGGGCAGCUGUUGCGAAGGUCGUUUAGCUCUAAGGGGUCGGGGUUAGGCCCUGCUGCUGAUAAGGUAGCAGCGGUGGCGGCUUCUGUGUCGACCGGUGGGGUGCUGCCUGUCCCAGAUAGGCCUUCCCGGGUUCUGCCUCCCACGCCGCGCAUGGCAAACAUGCUAGAGAAGCCAGUGAGGAACGUGGAGAAGGCUACUAGAGGGGUGGGGAAGCUUGCAAGAAGCUUCUCGGGGAAUAUCGACGGGCACUGGGGUGCUAUCAAGCGGGAGAUGGGGUUGGCAGUGCGCGGUAAGGGGCGGAGUAGUUUGUCUGUUAAUGCGGCAGGCCCGGUUGCGUCAGCACCAGGUGGAGUGGAUUUAGCAGGAGCGGGCGGGUUAGGGGCGGUGAGAACUGAUGGUGGUGGGGCAGAGAGAAUGUGGGAAGCCAGUGGGCAGGUUGGGGAGGGGCGAGAGGUUCUAGAUGGGGUUAUGGAGCAUGGGGCUGAGGCUACUCUAGAAGCUGUAGAUGCUGUAGAUGCUAUCGAUGCUAUAGAUGCGGACAUGGUUGUAAGGUUGACGGGAAGGGAUGGUGGAGAAGGAGGGGAUGCAGCUGUUGAUAUGGAGGGAGGGGAAAUGGCAGUUGAUGUUGUCGUUUGCACGACUCCUGGCCGGAGGGAGGAGGGAGGUUCUGAAUCGGAUGAAGAUGUGACAAUGGAGGGAGCUGAGGAGGGCGGCAUGAAGCUAAGGGAUGAUGAAAGUGGGGAUGUGGGCGAAGGGUCUUGGGAAGGAGAGAGCGGGGAGUCCGAUUUUAGUUAUGGUGCUGUAGGAACGUGGUGA